GAUCUGCUUCACUUUACUGCAUUUGCUCUUUUUUUCCCCUUCCCCUUAUUUUGAAAUGUAUAACCGGAAGAGUCUCCGCGUUGUAUUGCAUCUGUCUUGGUGAAUAACAAGUGCCGAAGUGCGCAGGAGAGUUCAAAGUUGUCCAUCAGGACCAGAGUGAGGUUGGACUGGGAGACUGCUGUCUUAGCAUUUUUAAUUCAGCAGUCAAAUGCUUGUUUCGGCACAUGUCUGUGACAGAUACGGAUAACACGGACCAGUUAGUUAAACGUUAAAAAUGAGCUCAAUUUUGUUUCUAUUGCUCCUGUCUCUGCGGACCGCGGAGCUCCGUCAUGUCCACACAGCCCAUGAGUUUCAGCCCGGGUUCUCGUUGGAGGUACGGCGGGCAGAGGAUGCUGACGCACCGCCUGUGGAGACAAAGGACUCUCUCUCCCAGGAAAGGACCUCUCAGUACUCCUCAAGUGUUCAAACUCCAAAAGUUCCCGACCUGAAACGAGUUGCCCGAGGAGCCAAAGAUAGGAAUGUCGGGAAAAGAGACCCGCAUACACCAAGCAAUUACGGGUUCCCGCGACGGUACGACGACCCGAGCGGUUACUUUACCACACCGAGGAGCGACAGGGUCGCCUCCGCCAUGCCGGGUAACUCUUCGGCAGGCCACGGGUCAGGGCUCCUCAACCCGCUGUUCCCAGUUACCGACGGCUCCUACUUGGCGUACGGGGUUAUGCUGCUCGCGCUCGUGCUGUUCGCAGUGGGCAUCGUGGGAAACCUCGCGCUCAUGUGCAUCGUGUGGCAUAACUUCUACCUAAAAAGCACGUGGAACUGCAUCCUGGCGGGUCUCGCGUUCUGGGAUUUCCUCGUGCUGUUCUUCUGCCUUCCCGUGGUCGUCUUCCACGAGCUCACCUUGAAGAGGUUGCUAGGAGACCUGUCCUGUCGGCUCGUGCCUUAUCUGGAGGUGACCUCUCUGGGUGUGGCCACAUUCAGCCUCUGUGCUCUGAGUAUUGAUCGCUUCCAUGCAGCCACCAGCCCCGGGCCCCUUCAGCCGCCGAAGGUGGAACCCUGCCAGUCCAUCCUCGCAAAGCUGUCUGUCAUCUGGGUGGGCUCUAUGGUGUUGGCUGCCCCUGAGCUUCUGCUGUGGCAGCUCCUCCAGGAAACUGUCAGCCUGCCGACGCUCCCCACUGACCUGCAGCAGAGCCAGCCAGGAGGCUCACUGAUGGCUGCCUUCAGGGCCCGAACAGACAAAUUUAAGGUGGACAUCUGCGUCCGGGAGCCCUCUCUUGAACUCCCAGACAGCAUCUAUUCUCUGGUGCUGACCUACCACGAGGCCCGCAUGUGGUGGUUUUUUGGGUGCUUCAUCUGUUUGCCUCUGCUCUUCACUCUGGCCUGUGACUUGGUGACUAGACAGGUGUUAGCGCAGCGUAUGCCACAGAAACCCUGCAGCGGGAAGGUAAACAGCAGGUGCUCCUCCUCCUCCUCCUCUUCUGCUUCCUCCUCUACAAAGAAAAAGCAGCAUGUGAGAGAGCAGAGGCUGCGCUCCACUGUGAUGGCGCUCGCCAUCUUGUACGUUACAUGCAACCUGCCGGAGAGCAUUUGUAACAUAACCCUGGCGUACAUCUCCGAGCAUGUGUCUGCUGCGCUCCCAGCACUGGCUCUGCCAGCGAUGGGUCUGAUUGGACAGUUCCUGCUGUUUGUGCGAUGCUCCGCGACACCGGUGUUGCUGCUGUUUCUGUGUCGCUCCCUGGGUCAGGCCUUCAUGGACUGCUGCUGCUGCUGCUGUGAUGAAUGCCUCCCUGACGGCAGCUCCUCUUCCUCCUCAUCUGCUUCAACCACUGCCACCUCCAACCUCUCCUCACCCGCAUCGCCCUCUCCGUCCUCCCUGUCUCCUUCCAGCAAAGAGGAGACGAAGAGCAUGUUGGCGACGGAACCAGCAGUCUGCUACGACAGAGCGAAAGACUCUUCAGCAGCUCUUGGGACACCCUGUUGAGGUCCAGAACUGCGUGUAACUUUAAAAGGUCUUUUAGGUUUAUUACAGCUUGGGUCUUAUUUUUGUAGUGUUGUCCACCAUUUCCAUCAGUUAUAAUGGCACUGUUGUUUACCUGUAGUGGAUAUCACUUAGAUGAAGUCUGAUGAGUUGAGAAACAGAAUAACACUUUUCCACAUCUAGGCAAAAGUAUGUGGACACCCCUGUCUCAGUUAGUUUUUUCCUGUUUGGUCUAGCUGCUUUAGUUCCCAUGAAGGAAACUUGUUUUAUCUACAUCAUGUUUUAGACAAUGAUGUGCUUUCAGAUGUCUGGCAGCAGUUUGGCAUGGAGCCUUUCCUCUUUCAACAUGACAGUGACCCCAUGCACAAAGCCAGAAAGAAAUGGUUUUCCCAGUUAGAUGUGGAAGAUCUUGACCUGCCUGGACAGAGCCCUGAACUCAACCCCUUCAGUAUCUUUAGGAUGAACUGGAAUGCAGACUGAAUCCUGCUGUAAGGCUCCAAAUUAGGUCUAAAGACAGAAACCGGAGAAGUUGAAACUGAUAUUGACAUCAGGGACUUUAUUUUCUUUUCCAAACUAAGUUUGUUUAACUUACAGAGUCCAGUCUGUCUAAGAACAAGUUUCUUGAUCUGUCAGACUUCUUUGCAGUGAAGUCUCCCUUUUCUCAGAUAUUAAAAUGGUGUGUACAGUGUUAAUGAUAGACAAAGUUACCAAAAUGAAAGCCAAGUUGUAAUAAAUUGGACUGACCUUUCAAACUGUGGAGCCACUGUGAGAGUAGGAACUCAUCUAACUAGAGCUAGAUGAUUGUAUAUAAUAUAGAAUAUGUUUAUAAAAAAAAAGAACCUUAGUGUUGUCCACCUGUGAUGGAUAGUAUCCUGUUGUUGUAGGAUUCAUCAUUUUUUAGAUACAUUUUGUACUUGUUAAUAAUUGCUCAUCAGGAUAUUAGCAUUAUCUGCUCUAAGUACUGUAUUAGACAGAAACACUGGAUGAGAUUUAAGGUGGCUGUUAUGAAAAUGUAGACAUAUUGAGGCUUUUGUCAGCAGACUGAACUUUGUGAACUGUUGCUGCUGAUGUACACAGUUCAGUACAGUAUCUACACAGCUAAAACACACCCUGUGUAGACAGCAGGGAAGACUGUGAGGAGAUUUUAGUCUGUCAAAAUGUUCAAUUCAAACAGUUCAGUGUUAAGUUUGACUUUCUUUUUACUUCUUACAUUACUUUUGGUUUAGUUUAGCAAAAUUUUUCUUCAAGAAAAACUGUUGUGCAUCACCUGUAAGCAACUCCUGUAAGUGCUCUUUUUACUUAAAAUUUUAAAUAUGAAUUUUUUUUAGUUCAUACUUUUUCAUGAGUUGGUUUUGAUUUCUUAAUUUCUUCUUGAUUUUUUUUGAGAAGUCAGAUACAAUCAUACUCUGUACAGCUUAGUGAAACUGAUUUACUGUCUGCAUUUAACCCAGCCCUGAGGAGCGGUGGGCAGCUGCUGUACAGUGACCGAUCCAGCUCUCAGCCGGUGCCUCAGUCAAGGUCACCGGCAGGAGAAUUUACCUAAUAUACAUGCUUCUGCUGGUGGGGGAAACCGGAGCACCUGGAGGAAACGCAUGCAAGCACAGGAAACCCGUGUAAACUCCAUAAAGAAAGGCCACAGCGAUCCAAAGCGCUCCUUUGUUCAAAAGUAGUGUUUUUUUUUCUCAACACCAGAAUCACACCUUAAAAGACAAGUCCGACGAUAUUCUGUAUUUUUCUUCUUGUCAACACAUUUCCUGUGCAGACCGAGCAAACGCUGAAUUGAUCUGCUAACCAGUGGUGUGAGCGUGUCAAAGCCUGAUGUAUCUUCUUCCUCUGUGUCGUAGAGCAAUGCUGUCGUGAGUAUUAAAACACAUGAAUGA